AACUUUACGUUAUCUUUUAUUCAUUAAAAUUAAUUAGCGUGAAAAAUUAUGGAUUUAAUCGCGAGAUUUAGUCUGGUGUGUAUGCAACUUCAAAAUUAAGCGCCACGAAUGGAUUAGUUCGUGAGUAAACCGGCGUAGCAAUCGCGACUUCUUUACAACCUCUGUUGGAGCAGUUUCUCCUUUCUCAUCUCCUGCGUCUUCGAAUUGUGUAUGUAUAUUGACACGGGAGAUGUAAUUUUAACAACAAAAUUUGUUCCCUUGCAAUUAGAGACAAUUAUCCGACUAUGAGAAUUGUUUGCGCUGCGUUAAAUUGCAAGUAUUCCUCGGAAAGCGAGGAUUCAUCGAACGUCACUUUCAUCAAUUUUCCUAACAAUGAUGCAGCCAAGAUCUGGGCAGAAUGCUGCGGCAGAUCGGAUUUAGCGGCAAAGUCGAAUGCGGAAUUACAUUUGAGUUAUUACAUUUGUUCUCACCACAUUGAAGACCGAUAUUACGUGAGCAAAGCUGAUCCUGUUAUUAUGGAAGAAGGUACCAUUCCUACUUUAUUUGGCACUGACUUGACUGCUGAUGGUGAAGAUUCAAUAAUUAUGUUUGAUAAGACGCAGCAUCUGCAAGAAGUAGGCGACGGUACGUCUCUAACCUAUUGCGAUAUGAACGUCGAGAUAGACGAUUAUCACAAUAUUUCUGUAAGAUUCGUCAAUUUAUGUCGAAUCUGUGGCAAAUCCACUAUGGAUGGAAUAGACAUCUUUGCAGCCAAGGGCAUAGAAAUGAAAUUAAAAGAGAGGAUAAAUUUGCACAUGCCCAUCUCGAUUGAUAUAGAUGACUCGUUGCCGCAGAAGGUGUGUACCGAUUGCUGUGACAAGUUGGAAAUUGCGCACUCAUUAGUCGUUUCAUGUCUAAGAACCGACAUGCGUUUAAAACAACUUCUAAAUAUCGAGAGAGAGCCAGAAUAUGAGAACAAGUACAAUGCAUUGAUUGAUGAAUGUUCAUUAGAGAUAGGUCGAGAAAUGUGUAUGGAUGAAAAUACACAUUCUAAUCUAUUUACUGCAAAUAAGAUGAUAAAUUCUAAUUCAGAAACGAAUUUGAGAGGAUUGGGAAAUAGCGAAUGUUCUGAAAUACGGAAUAAUAAUUUCCAAAGCAUUGGUAAGAAUGUUGUGUCCUUAGAACUUGGUACUCUGAUCCAAACUUGUAACGACAAAAGUAACGCGACUAUCGCGGAAGAACUAGCAAAAGUUCAACAAAUCCAAAAUGAAAGUCUUAGCAUUUUAUGUCUUCAGUGCCAAACUCUGUGUGAAACACAGGAAAUUUUUGAGAAUCAUAAAAUAUUUUGUAAUAAGGAGCAAAAUGUCUCUGGUCACAUAGAUACGUUUAGAACUAAGAAAAACGGAAAGUAUGAGAGUAAGCACAUUAAUGACACUGAAGAAAAUUGUCAGACAUGCAACGAAAAAUUUGAUAGCGAGCAAGUUAUCAAUAAUAUUAAAAGCCAUGAUUCAAUCCGCUGUACUGAAUCUCGCAACCAAACAUUCAAAUGUCGGCAGGUCUACGAUAAUCACAAAUAUUUUCAUGGAGAUCUUACUGAAGUAAAUAAAAUAUGUGGUCAUUGUAAAAAGGCUUAUCACAAUAAGAAGGACUUGUUGGUUCAUAUCACAGAAUCGCACAAGGGUCGAUUAUUAUUCAAGUGUUUUACAUGCGAUAAAACGUACGAGAAAUGGUCAAGUUUGGAUAUUCACGAGGCCACUCACAGAACAGAUAAGCCCUAUCUUUGUGAUCUAUGCGGGAAAAGUUUUAAGCAUUCCAACAAUUUAAGAGGACAUAAAAGAAUUCAUUUGGACGAGUCCGUAAAGAAGAGACACGUGUGUGAAAUUUGUGGCAACGCAUUUAGAUCACGCUUUCACUUGCGGGAGCAUAUGAAUCAACACGAUGACAAUAGACCAUAUUCCUGCGAGCAGUGCGGGAAAGCCUUCUACAAGAGGAUUCAAUUGCGACAACACAAAUUAUCGCAUGGAUCUAAUAAGCACAUGUGUUCGAUUUGCGGUACAACGUUUAAUCGUAGAGGGAACAUGAACGCGCAUAUGAAACGGCAUAGUAAUGAUAAUGAAGGAUAUACAUGCAGUGUUUGUGCCUACAAAUGUAAAUCUAUGAGCGAAUUGAAGAUACACAGGAAGAAGCAUACCGAGGAGGAAAUAGUGGACAGUAUCAAGAGGAAAUGUACCGACAAGGAGAUAUGGCGUUGUAACAUUUGUAACAAAAUAUUUUCGAAACGCGCUACUCUGUUAAAUCACGAACGCGUGCACGGAGACGACAAGUUUUACGAGUGCGACGAAUGCGGCAAAAAAUUAGCAACUAAGAGCUCGCUGAUGUAUCACAAGAAGUCGAUGCAUCUGAGGGAGAGGCCGCACAUGUGUCAUUAUUGCGGAGACUCGUUCGUUUCGAGAGAGGCGCGGCUGAUUCACGAGAGGAUACACACUGGUGAACGUCCAUACGUCUGCAAGGUGUGCAAUAUGCAAUACAGAUGCUCCAGCAAUCUUAGCCAGCAUAUGAAGAUCCACACAGGUCUGAAGCCGCACAAGUGUCGCUUUUGCAAUAAAGAUUUUGCGCGCAAAGGCACGUUAAUUGUACACGAGAGAAUCCACACGGGCGUUAAGCCUUAUCCUUGCGAAACCUGUGGUAAGAGCUUCUCACAGAAAAAUGACAUGUUGAAGCACGCCAAACGCACGACGGCAGAUCGAUGUGGCGCGACCAGGUCAAUAAGAUCGUUAAACAAAAAGAAAAAUAUGUUGAAGCAUUCCGCGGUGCAUGAACAAGAUGUCUUAACAAUUUCGAAUGUCAAUUCAUCACAUAUUCUUCAGGUUUACGUCAAUACUAGUGCCUCUUCGGAAACUAAGUAAUUUAGUAGUAUCCAUGUAAUAUAAUUGUAUACGAUGAAUCAAAUGUCAAAGUUUCAUACAAGAAGAACCAAUUAAAAUGUUCAUCCUAGUUCAAUUAUUAUCGAAAGAGAUUUCUGAUUAGUACAAGUUUUUACAACAAAUUAUUGAAUUUGUAUGAUUCAUAGAGAUAAAGAUAUCCUAAGAAUAGAUACAAGUUAAAUAAAAUUUUUAUUAUGGCAAAACAACACUUCUGACUGCUGUUAUUGGAAUAUAUAUUGUUGAAAAGCUGAGAAGAGCUGUGCCAGAAUAUCCAGAAAUCCCCAUCUAUUUGCGUGCAUCUGAAAAAGUUAAAUCGACAUGUCCAAGAAACUACGUGUCUUCGUAAAGUGAAGAUCAUGUGCGAUUUAUGAUGAUUUGUUGGAGUCCGAUGCUCUUAUUUUCGCAUAAGAUUGUAGUUUGCUAACGAAUCGCGUUGAUACCUAUAAUACGAGAAAAUAGCUUCGCAAAUCAUGUCUCGAAUGUACAGGCAACGCUCAAUCUGGUUUCACAAGCAAUCAUCUGUGAAAGCGCUUGUUUACAUCUCGAUACUCCGUCUUCCCGUAUUGCUGAAAGAUGAGAGGUACAAUAAAAGCCGUUGUUAUAUAUAGAAUAAUACUCUUUAUUGUUUUUUGAUAGUUGUUGUUUUUCAUAUCGUGCGCUGCAGUUUCUUUUUACUCAACUUUUGUCAUUCAAUAUCCAGUUAAACGACACCCCGUUUUACUGUCAGUUCUGCUGCGGCUGCUGCUGCUAAUAUAUUUUGGUAGAACAGUACGUGAUACAACUCCACGAUUUUAGAACAAAGAGAAACAAAAGGAAAUGGCGACACGCCCGAUCACUCGUGAACACACGUGUGCCGUAUUAUUCGUCGACCGCAUAUAGGACUAGAGUAAUUGCGAUUUCUCUCCCGUGUAACACUCUCGCUCGCCGAAUAUAAUCUUUUUUUUUUUGUUCUCAAUUCCUAAAUGAUCGAGGAGCACACGUGCUUUUGUGCGCAAGUAAAAACGUGCGCCCGAUAGUCGCGUGCGUUUUUGUCUUGCUCGAACGGUGACGACUGACGGCCGCGGUGGUCUUCCUUCAAGAUACGCUCGUUGUAAUUUGCAAAGUUUUGUUUUUUUUUUUUUUAGACACAACGGCCUCACAAUGCCACGUUUCCCCUACAUUAUGGUCUGCGAGUGAUCGACGCGUGGUCGUCGACGAUACAAUUACGCAUUUCUCAGAGAGUAUAAUCCCUGGCUGUUUUAGAAACACGCGUACCCGGCACGCGCAUUGCGAGCGCACGGCAUCAGGGUCAAAUCAGGGCGGACGACUCGGAAGAGAGUUUGUUCGAGAAAGCGCGGAAUAAUUUUUUUUCUUUUUUUCAAUUCGAUGUCUCCGUUCCGAUCGCGCUCGGUCAAUCGCGGAUCCGCACUCGCUCGCGAAACGGCACCACCGAAGGUGCGCUGCUGGGGGAUGGGACAGCGGGAGAGAACGUUUCCGAGCUCUCGCCGUCCCCGUUGCGACGACGGGCGCUCACACACUUCCGGAGAGCGCUUGCGAUCCGGAUGAUCCGAAAGUGCGCACCGCUGUGCCAUGCGUUUGCUCGAUGCGGCCGAUGACACCGCCUCGAUUCGCGACCGCCCCUCUUUUCCUUUUACCCCAUAUUACUCUCUUUCUCUCGCCUUUAAAUUAAUUAUCUGUGUGUCUCUCUCUGUAACCAUCGUUCUUCGCGCUACUAUUUACAAUGUACAACGUCGUGCGUUCUUCUUCCUGCCCUAAUUUCUUACGACGGCGCCGUGCACGCCCGAUCGCCUCCCGAUCGACGGUUGCUCGCCAUCGUCUCUCUUUCGCCCGAAACUCUUUUUUUUCUUUGUCUUUAUUAACAACCUUCAACGAGAUGGGACCGAGUCGAGAGGGAGAAAUCGGUUCGCGCGAUGACGGCUCAAGUUUUACGUAAUACGCAAAUUAAAUGAUUCUCUCUCGAACAUCAUUGUCAUAAUUAAUUUACGUUUGUAACAUAAGCUCAAUGUUGAAACCAAUUUUAAUAUACGAAUCGAUCGCGCUGAGAGAAAAAUAUUCUGGGUGUGACCUUUUUUACUAAAUCUCGCGUGAUCGUUAAAACUCGAUCUUUGAUCGUGAAGUUGGUUUGGGAGGAAAAAAAAAAAA